UUUAAAAGCUUGCAUUAUGGGAAGUUUUGAUAGUUUCAACACAUUUGAUGGGAGUUUUUCUUCUAUAGUCAGGAUACCGCCAUUUGAAGAGGAAGAUAAACAUGAAAUAACAAACUUUCAAAAGUUUUCGUUACAUUUUUGGAAAGUUUCGUACAGAGAAUUUCGUCAAUUUUGUUUCAGAGUCUUUGUUGUUUUCUUACCAACAAUUUUCAUAACGUUCUUUGUUCUAUUGCGUUUCUUUAUCAAUGUAGAAGAGCGUUAUGAAGUUAGGUAUGAUCCUAUAAGCUUUGAAAAUGAAUGGGUAUCUGUUCUGCAAGAGUACGAGGAGAGAAAAGAUCAUUUGACUAUUGAGUUGUUGGCAAAUAAAGUUAUGACAAUUGAAGAAAGUAUCAGAAAUUUCCCCUAUAAUGUCUAUGUUCCACAAUUGAUUCUAUGCUUUGCACCAAACACUCAACCAGGCUACGUACGGAUCAUGGAGAAAGCAGCCAAAAAAUUAAAUUCCAUUGAUGUUAUAGGUUUUGAGACAUGUAAACAGUUACGGGAGAGCAUGCAGAUUAAUUUUUAUUUAGCUGGAGUGUGUUUCAAUGAAGAAAAAUUAAAAAAAUCAAACACUUCUUUACAUAUGUUUCCUAAACAUCUUAACUAUUCUCUUGUGUUUCCCAGUGAAUUACGUCAGUAUCAUAAGUCGUAUAUUGGAACCAAUUGGAACACAAAUAAUUUAUACGAUAUUCGAAAUCAAUACACAAAUGAUCCUGACGAAAGUUUUGUAAUGUAUGUACGCGAAGGUUUUAUUUCUCUUCAACAAGCCGUCACAGAAUCUUAUUUGGCACUAACUUCUAAAAAACAAUAUACCUGGGUUGUAAGUCUACGCCAAUUUCCUUAUUGUAAACAUGAUUUUGAUGGAUUGUUAACUAAUAUAAGAGUAAGCUUGCCAUUAGCUAUUAUAAUGGGAUUCAUAUAUCCUGUAAUGAAUUUUUCCAAGAAUAUAAUAGUGGAUGACAAAAGUGGUUUGCGAUCUGUUUUAAAAAUAAUGGGAAUUCCAUUUUGGAUUCAGACUUUAUCAUACUAUUUUAAUGGAUUUCUUAAUACGGUCCUUGCAUCGUUUUUCUUGACAUUGGUUUUAAAGAUUCAUUGGAAUGAUGGUUACGGUAUUUGUACCAAAAGUUCUUGGAGUGCUCUGAUAUUUCUAAUGCUAGCUUAUAGUCUCGCUUCUUUGUCGUUUUAUAUAUUGAUUAUGUCAAUUACGAGUCAUACUAAAAGUGCCAAUUUUUUAUUGGCUACAGCAUGGAUUUUAACAUAUCUACCAUAUAACCAACGUGAUGCAAAUGGUAUGAAGAGUGAAACCUUCAUUUGUAUGUAUCUCUUCUCAAACACAGCGAUGGCUGCCGCAUUGGACAAUCUUCUUGCACUUGAAGAAUUUGGUAGAGGCUUUCAAUGGGAUAAUAUGUUUAAACAUACAGAAAUCAAGUCAGAUAUCAUAUAUGGAAACAUUAUUUUAAUAAUGUUUGGUCAAAGCAUAGUUUAUUUAAUAAUCGCAUUAUUUAUGGACAAGGUGAACUUAUAUGGAAAAAUCAAAAGAAUUAUUUCUGCUACACACAGAAAAUAUAGAGCCUCUCAGGUAGAUGACAACAAAAUUUUUUCACAUCCGCGAAAUACGGAAAUAGUAGAAAUAGACCUUCAGUACAAAAGAAUCGUAAUAGAAAUACGUAAAAUAACGAAAAUUGUCAACAAUAUUCGUGCGAUAAGUAAUGUGACAAUGAACAUUUGCCAAGGCGAUAUAACGGUUCUUAUGGGUCAUAACAACAGCGGUAAAACGACUCUCCUUUCAAUGAUUGUAGGACUCAUUCGUCCUACUAGAGGUACUAUCGUCAUCAAUGGAUACGAUAUAAAUGAUAAUCCCGGCCAUGCCUUAUGUAGUGUUGGGAUUAGUGUUGGAAACUCAACUCUUAUUAAUAAUCUUACGGUUAGAGAGCAGCUUUCAUUUUUUUGUGCACUUAAAGGCAUAAAUGAUACGCAGAAUCAUAGCGAAGUAGAGAAGUAUGUAAGAGCAAUGAAUUUAGAAGAAAAGGGUGAUACUGUUACUCAGGACCUUUCAACUGGAAUGAAACAAUAUCUUAAAGUUAGCUCUGCACUGAUUGGAGGAAGUAAAAUAGUCGUGCUCAAUGAGCCCAGUAUGGGCUUAGACAUGGAAGCUCGAAAACUUCUUUGGAAAUUAUUACUGAAUGAAAAAACUGAUAGAACCAUAUUUUUAACAACACAGUCUUGUGAAGAAGCGGAUGCAUUAGGUGAUCGCAUAGGGAUAUUAUCAGGAGGAGAAUUACAAUGCUAUGGCUCUAGCUAUUUUUUGAAAAAUCUCUAUUCCACUGGUUAUCGUUUGUUUUUAAUCAAGGAUAUGUAUUGUGAUAUUGAAAAAGUUACUGAAAUAAUAAGGAAGUUUAUACCAAACAUACAACCAGAAUAUGUGUUAGGGAAUGAAAUUUCAUAUGCACUGGAAGAGAAAUAUAUACAAGAUUUUAAUAAAAUAUUAAAAGAAAUAUAUGAACAACAACAAAGUUUAAGUAUAAUAACAUUUUCAAUUUGUGAAAGCUCCCUAUAUGAUGUGUUCAUGCAACGGGGCACCGAAUAUCCCAGCUAUGGUGAUCAAAGAAGACAUUCGCAAAUAAUGAGUGGCAUAUCUUUCAAUGAAGAUGAACAUCAGCAAUUUGACGAAAUUUAUAAUUAUGAACCUCUAACGGGCUUUCAGCUUUGGUUUAGUCACUUCUAUGCACUUGUCAUUAAACGAGUUGCUUUCCAAUAUUAUCACAUCGCUCUUACAAUAAUACAAUUGGUGGCACCAAUUGUGUUUCCACUUAUUUCUUUAGCUUUAACAAAUCUUGAUAUUGAACGCCAAGAACUAAGGCCAAUAACAUUCGACUUAGAUCAAUAUCAACACUCUAUAACAAUAAUAAGUGUAUCCGCAGAUCUCCAAGAGCAAGAAUUGGAUCCAGUUGAUCUAUAUCGACAAAAUCUGUUCUGGAAGCGCUAUGAGCAUAUAGCCAGGAGUAUAGUAAAUGAAAACGCUGAAAGUUUUUUUAUUAAAAAACAGUCAGAAAAACAAGACUUCGUUAAUCAUGAUUACUUAAUUGGAGCCUCAUUUGAAGACAAACAUAUUACAGCCUGGUUUAACAACUAUCCACUUCAUACUGCGCCUUUAAGCCUGAACACUAUUCAUAAUGCCUUGGCACAAUACAAUGAUCUUAACGCAAAAGUCACUGUUACCCUGGAUCCUCUGCCAUUUAGUACCGAUUUCUCAGCAACAUUGGAUACUUUUGGGAACCAAAACUCCAUUGGCUUUUUUUUGCCACGCUAUAUUGCUCUUUGUUUUUCAAUUAUUUGGCCUUUUCGAUGUAUAUUUUUUACGAAGGAACGCAGUUCAGGCUUUAAGAUACUUCAGUCUAUAGCAGGUUUAAGUGAAGUGUCUUACUGGAUGUCGUCAUAUCUGACAAAUAUAGUCUUUGUCAUUUUUGAAUCAGUUAUAAUAGUAACUAUUAAUUUUUAUUCCGUGGCAUCGUAUGUUGAGGAAAUGAAAGUAGCAAUUUGGUUUCUAAUCAUUUUGGUUAUAGCCGGAAUUUCUACUAUAUCUCUGACAUAUUUGGUGUCGAUCUUUUUCAAAGACUUUAACACCACUUACGCAGUAUCCGUUAUCUUUCUUCUAUUUAACGUUGUAUGCUACUGUAUAAUUUGUGAAGUUCUUUACAACGGAUUUGCAUUCAUAUCAGAUGGCGAUCUAUAUAGAAACUUUAGAAUGCUGCUUCGUGGAUUACCGCUUUUUCUAAUGGCCAGAGGCCUAGAAAAAGCUUUCAGAAAUGAAAAUUUACAGGCUAUGUGUAAUGAUAAAACUAUAAAUACUAUAUCAAGAUAUGUGGAGCAAUGCCGAUUUGUUCCAAAUUGUUGUAGUGAAUUUGGUAUGUUACAAUGGCAAGAAGGUAUUUUGAGUGAAGUUUUUUGCCUGACAGUUUUAGGAAUUAUAUCUUGGGCCUUAAUAUAUAUGCUGUACUAUCGUGGUGGCAUGAAUUGCCAAACAUUAACGAAACUUAAUUCCAAGCUUGCAAGAACAGAAUUUGAAACUCACCACAAAAGCAUAGAUACUCUUCCAGUUGAGAAAAAUAUAAUAAACGAAAUCGCACGUGUUGAAAAAAUGACAACGGGUGAUCAGUUUCGUACUCCACUUGUUUGUGCACACUUAACAUAUUCCAAGGACCAUAUGACUGUAAUAAAGAACCUAACAUUUGCACUUCAGAGUUAUGAAUGCCUUGGUAUACUGGGAAUGAUUGGUUCUGGUAAAUCAACAUUGCUUAAGUUGCUAGCUGGAAAAGUAGAAUUAACUGAAGGACAUAUCAGAUAUGAAGGAUUAGAACUCAAAGAUCAUCAAAGUGAUGUAUAUAAAAUGAUUGGCUACAUGGCAGAUGUCAAUUUAUGUAUGGAUGAGUACACUGGAUGGCAGAUCCUAAAAAUGAUGUCAUUACUUCGUGGAGUUCCUCGCAACAAAAUACCUGAUAUGAUAAAUAUUGUAGCUAAGAUUUUAGGGUUUCAUCAUUACUUAUAUGCACCGGUUAAAUGUUACUCAAAUGGAUUUAAAAUAAGACUGAAUUUCGCAGUUGCAUUGAUGGGUAAAACUAAAAUAUUGUUAUUAGAUAACCCGACUCAAGGACUUGAUGGUGCCAACCGUCGCAUUGUAUAUAAUAUAAUUUGCCAUUUACAAGAAAUGGGUAGAGCCAUUGUGUUUUGUAGCAUCAGGGGAAACGAAUGUGAAUUAAUAGCAAACAAAAUUGCCAUACUUCACAGAGGACGUUUCCGUGCUCUUGGCACACUUUCAUCAUUAAAUGCAACUGAUAACGAUGUAUUUAUACUAAAGAUUAAGAUAAGGAGCUCACAUUUAGCUCGCAUUUCAACAAUUAGACUUAGAGUUAAUCGCAACCAGUUCUUCUAUGUGGAGUCAUUUAUGGACCAGGAAUAUCCUAAUUCAUUUGUAAAAGGUAUUUGGGGCAAUGUUAUAGUAUAUGCUAUUCCUUUCACUCCAAAUGUGACAUUAUCAGAAAUAUUUUCCAAAAUUCGAAGAAAUCAUUUUCAUUUAAGAAUAGAAGAUUUCCAAAUAUCAAUUAAUUCGAAUUCAAUGUUUUUCAUAAGGAUUGCGGAGGAUAGUGCAGGAGUACUCUACAACGAUGAAAGUUAAAAAU